AUGCUCGUGGACUCGGACUGGGUCACCGCCGUUCACCAGGUGUUCCGCAAGAUCGACACGUAUUCCACUCUAUUCCACGCCAUCUUCCUUCUGUGUCCUCCGGUUUUGAUUACUUCUUUCGUUACGGAUGCGACGUCUUCGAGCAUCUACCAACGCACUCUCGUCUCAUGCUACGGAGUCUUCUAUUUGGCACUCGCGUUGUCCAUCGUUGCCUACCGUCUAUCGCCUUCACAUCCGCUGGCUCGAUAUCCAGGGCCAUUUUGGUAUCGAACCUCGAGCUUCUGCCACGCAUUCCUGUCCGUCAGCGGACAGCGGAACACAUACCUCAAAGCCUUACACGAACGUUAUGGAGACGUUGUGAGAACCGGCAGAGUAGUGUAUAUCGGCGCGUUCCUCGGCCAGAUCUUCCCUCUGGUGGGCAUCUCGACAGUAGAAGAACACGUCCGACGCCGGCGGGCUUGGAACCGCGGACUUGGCCCAGCAGCGCUGAAAGAGUACGAGCAGCUCACCACACAGAGGGCGCGGCAGCUUGCCGACGCACUGGAGCAGCAAAGGCGGGUGUCGUUGGAGAAGUGGUUCGACUAUUUCGCAUAUGACCUCAUGAGCGACAUGGCCUUCGGAGGAGGCUCAGAGCUCAUGCUCGAAGGAGACAAGGAUGGUGUCUGGUCUAUCCUGCAGCAGGGCACGCGAGCUGCUUCAUUCUUCUCAACCGUGCCAUGGCUUGGUCUCUGCAUUGGCAAGAUCCCCGUCGCGGUACGCCCCCUCCACAUCUUCAUCACCCACGGAAAGGAGGCUGUGGUUAAGCGCAUGAGGUGUGGUUCAACGACACGCGAUCUGUUCCAUUAUCUAAACAACGAAGACCUGCCAGACAAGGAACCUGCCCCUAUGCAACAGCUAGUCGAUGACGGCAUCCUCGCUGUCACUGCUGGUUCUGAUACGACGGCCAGUGCCCUGACAAGUAUAUUCUUCUGUCUAUUAACCCAUCCAAAUGUCUACGCCUCCCUCUGUGAGGAAGUGGACACGUUCUAUCCUAAAGGCGAAGAUGCCUUUGUUACGAAACACCACGGUACCAUGCCGUACAUGAACGCAGUGAUAAACGAGGCCCUCAGACUAUACGCUCCCAUCACCACCGGCGGCUCACGCCAGGUGCCUCGCGAAUCCGAUGGGGUGUACGCCGGCUCGAUCUACCUUUCUGCAGGCACGACUGUCUACUUUCCUGCAUACUCGCUCCACCGGGAUGCGCGCAACUUCUCCUUCCCCGACGCCUUCUGGCCCGAGCGAUGGCUGAUCGCUUCUGGGCAAGUUGCGCUUGAGGACGCGCGACCCCCGCCGUCAUCGACGCUGAAACCGACAUCGUCCAAAUUCGCGCACGAGGAGAUCGCCUUCAUCCCCUUCUCCGCCGGGCCGAUGAACUGCGUGGGAAGGGGCUUUGCGAUGCAGGAGAUGCGGAUGGUGCUGUGUGCGCUCGCGCAGCGCUUCCGAUUCCGGCCGAGGGAAGGCUGGGAUAUAAGAGAAUACGAAACGCACUACAAGGACUAUUUCGUUUCUACGCGGCCCCCGCUCCCUGCCAUCGUCCAACCAAGAUAA